GGCUUCUGGAAAUCUUAUACUAUUAACAAUGGCUUCUGUGACUGAGCAGCGCGGAACAAAGCGGAAGCGGGGGGCUGUAGCUAAAGAAGAAGAUCUGUCUGUCAAAUUGACAAGAAAACUAUAUCAUGCCGCGAAAGAAAUGCGCAAGGUAGCUAAGAAAGAGAAGACGUUUGAGACGCAAAAGAUUGUGAAGAAGCUCAAAACACUGAGGGCUAAGGACCCGGAAGGCAAUGCCAAAAUGAUUCUCGAUUUUGAGAGUCAACUCGAGGUCAUUAAGGUACACACGCCUAUCCGCUACUCAGUCUCUUUCCGUGUGUUGACUAUGGACCAGCACCUUGACCACGAGCCUAUUGCCAAUCUCGCUCUUAAGACUAAACUUAACAAGGACCGCCUCUUAUUGCAAAACGAACACAUGCAAACCGCGAUCUCGACAGAACUUAGUCCCAACCUACUAACAUCAGCGGAUCCUGGGACCGCAGCCAGAAAGGUCCAGGAUCGGCUCCUGAGCUCUAAAACACUUGCCGUAGAGGUUCUUUCCGUCCUCACCGCCCUCAAGGAGAUGGUAGAUCCCAGUCUACGGAAAGGACCAGAGCAGGCUCCUGAUGCGGAAGGAUCUGACGACGAGCCUCCGUCGAAGGUAAAGAAGGCGAAGGCGCCUAGCCGGCCUGUAGGGGGUAGUGGCGACGAGCAUGAAGGCGGGGAUGAAAGCACUGCUCCCGAGGUGGACGCUGCUGGUUGGGAAUCCGGGACAGUGCGCGGCGAUGAUGACGACGAUGGUUGGGAGUCUGGGUCGGUUGACGACGCUAAUCCUCGAGGUCAAUCGAUUGCGGGUGGAGCAGACAGUGACGGAUCCGAAGCAGACGACAGCGGUAACGAAGAUGAGAAUAGCGAUGAUGAGGAGGACGACGACGACGACGACGACGAUGUGGACGGUGGCGACAACGCUGCAGUCGCUAUUGCAUCGGCGACCAAACGCGCUUCUCAGCAAGCGGAGAAAGGAAAGAAGGUUGCACUUCCCGCGAAAGACACGAAAGGGAAGUCGAAGGCAACCGCGGAAUCUACAUUCCUUCCUUCACUAUCUGUUGGCUUCACUCGAGGCGACUCGGACGCUUCUGAUCUCAGCGACGAAGAGGUGAAGGUCGCCGACAUGCGGAAAAACAGACGCGGCCAGCGAGCUCGGAGAGCUAUUUGGGAGAAGAAGUACGGCGGAAAUGCGAAUCACGUCAAGAAAGAGCGCGAAGCAAUGGCACAAGAGCCACGUAAUCAGAGGCGCGCGGACCCUCAUGGCAGGAAUCGUACCCAUCCGCCCGGCGGUUCUCGUAAGGGAGGCCCUCCUUCGGCGUUCAGGGCUCCGCCGAGUGACAAGGGCUGGAUGAAGAAGGGCGAGGUACCGAAUGUCCCCUCUCAUGCGUCUGUACCUCCGAAGGCGAAGUCAAAAGACGACAAGCCUUUGCACCCAUCAUGGGAGGCAAAGAAAAGGCUCAAUGAGAAGCUGAAGCCGGUCAUUCUACCACCACAAGGCAAGAAGAUCAUUUUCUCGUAGUUGAACACAAGGUUUGGACGCAUUGACAUGCAGAAGGCUUGCGACCUCGUGUCUGACGACCAAUAGGAUAUCCUCCUAUUAUAGACCCCCGCAAUGCGGGGGCAUCUGGAAAUAGAUGCACAGUCACUCGUGUAUUUUGUAAUUGGCUA